ACAACGAUUAUUUUUCUUUUCUUUAUGACAAAUAAAUUAAAAGAUAUGACAUACGAUAACCUGUUAAACCACUGCAAAUCUUUGCAACUAUUUUUAACAGAUGGUAAUUCAGCCGAUAUUAACGGACCUGAAAUGGCAGAUGAACUCAGAGUUAUAAUACCAAUGGUUGAAUCUAACUUGUCUCCGAUUGAACUUUUAAAGUUUAUAAUUAAUAUUGGAUCAUUUACACCAAAUGUAUCAAUUGCUCUGCGUAUACUUUUAGCUUUACCCGUAACCGUUGCAAGUGGUGAAAGGAGCUUUUCUAAGCAUAAGCUAAUAAAGACCUACCUACGCUCAACAAUGACAAAUGAUCGUCUUAGUGGACUGGCUAUGAUAGCUAUCGAGCACCAAUUUUGUCAAGAAUUAGACAUUGAAGAAAUUAUAAAGGAUUUCUCGAACGCAAAGGCAAGAAAAGUGUUUCAUUAAUAGAAUUCAUAUAAAAUUAUG